GAUAACAAGAGAUUGUUGAAAGACCUCGAGGACAGCCUACUUCGGGAGUUAGCAACCAGUCAGGGCAAUAUGCUGGAUAAUAUGGAACUUGUAGAGACCUUAGAGGGAACCAAGUUGAAAGCAACUGAGGUGGCGGAAAAGCUAGCUUUGGGGGCCCAGACAGCAGCUGACAUAGACCGCCUCCGUGACGGUUAUCGACCAGCGGCAAGAAGAGGUGCCAUUCUCUUCUUCGUGUUGACCGACAUGGCUAACAUAAAUGCAAUGUACCAGUUUUCUUUAUCAGCCUACUUGGGCGUCUUUAAAACAGCUCUUCGUCGCAGCAUGCCUGACCCAGUUUUAGCGAAGCGUUUGCGUAGCAUCAUAAACACGCUGACUCUCAACGCAUACUCCUACGGGUGCAUUGGUGAGCUAUAA